UGUUGCUUCCUCCUUUUAUUUUGUCACUUUCGAAGUUAUGAUGGGAUGUUGGUUUUUGAAUUUUUCUUCAAAAACAAAAGAUGGAUUGGAUGUGGUUAGGUGGGGAAAGUGAUUCUCUUCCCUGUUUUUCAGUGUACCCUCACAUGAAAAAUCAGAUUUUGGUGGUUUGGUGGGAGAAAUGACAUCAUCUUCUAUAACAAAUAGUACUAUCUUUUAUUAUUCUAUCAAAAAAGUUAUUUGGUUAAUGAGAGUAGGUAUCGUUACUUGUGACUAACUCCCCUUUGUCAUUUGUUGCAAAUCAAUCGCAUCAGCAAGUACUUUCAUGGCCUCUCUGGUUAUAGGUUUUCUUUCAAAAAGGAAAAACAUUCCCCUUCUACAAAUCACGUCAGAUCUCCUGCUCUUCAUUCUUCCGAUGGAUGAUUAUCUUCCUUCUGCAGAUUUGAUUG